CUCAACAUUUCUACGCUCCUUAUGCAUCAGAGCUCUGAAUAAAAAUGAGAGAAUUGAGUCUUGGUUGAACCUCAUUUUGUUCUUUUCCAUUCUCUUUCUAGGCUUGUGAGAUAGAGACAUUGGCUUGACGCCUUUCGUCUAUUUAUCCCUUGCCCCACAUUCCGCAUCCCACCUCCCGCCGCCCGCCGCCUCUGAGCUACUCGGGAUUCGGUUAGGGCUGAGUAACAGCCUUUCAUAUUAGGCGGAAUUUCGAUAGCAAUCAUGUUGCGCUUUCGAAGAUAUCGCUAUUAUGUCUUCUUUGCCGCUAUUGUCGUCUUGCUGUUGUAUCGUGUCACCCAGAAUAGCGAGCAAUGGGAAUCCGUCUCGGCAUCAAUUCCCUUAGUCAAAGCCCCACCUAAGUCCUCUCUUGAGCGAGGAUUCGGCUUGACUAAUAAGCAAUCCCGACCAGCUUCUGCCAAGAGCGAGACUGGUUUCAACAGCGAAGAUGACGAACCUAGGCUUCACUUGAAAGAAAAAACUGGUAAGGAACCUGAGAAGGUCAAAAUUCCUAACCUGAAACCAACUACUGGCGAAGACACUGUUGGAAAACUCGACACUCCUAAUGCGGCCACAACGACGAACCAGAGCCAUGUACGCGUAUACGAUAAAGAGGAAGCUGCGAAGACCACCACUGCCCCGUUAAUCAGUAUUCCGGAUAAGAAUGUUGGGCAAGGCGCUAAGGGCGUCGGAGGCCCGCCUGGUAAAGGUGCCCAUGGAGCACCGGGAGCGCAUAAGCCUAAGACCCAGAGCGCAACCACGACGAUCCACUGGGAGAAAUUCCCCGAGCAUUUCCCCGUUCCGAAAGACGAAAUCAUCCCCUUGCCGACGGGAAAACCCAAACCUAUACUAGCGAUCCAAUACGAUUUUGAGAAAGAGUCGGCCCAAGCUCGGGAAGAGCGUCUGGAUCGCCUCGCUAAAGUCAAGGCCGAGAUGGUACGUGGCUGGAAUGGUUAUAUGACAUAUGCCAAGGGGCAUGAUGAAUUGAGCCCUGUAUCCAAGAAAUUUCGUAACCCGUUUUGUGGAUGGGCUGCGACAUUGGUCGACGCGCUGGACACAUUAUGGAUCAUGGGGAUGAAAGAUGAGUUCGAAGAGGCACUUCUCGUAGUAGAGAAGAUCGACUUCACUACAUCUGAAUAUCGCACCGAAAUCCCAGUCUUCGAGACUACUAUCCGAUAUCUUGGCGGACUAGUAGCAGCCUAUGAUGUUAGUGGUGGUAAAGCCGGAGGACAUGACAUACUUCUCGAGAAGGCUAUCGAGCUCGCCGAAAUUCUGAUGGAUGUUUUCGAUACGCCAAACCGUAUGCCCGUGCUGUAUUAUAACUGGAAGCCCGCCUUUGCGAAGCUACCGAAGCGAGCUCAGGCAGGUGUGAGUGUGGCGGAGCUAGGCUCUCUCGCCAUGGAAUUCACACGACUUGCGCAGAUAACCAAAGAGGACAGGUACUAUGAUGCCGUAGCACGCAUCACAGAUGCUUUUUAUGAGUGGCAGGAACGUGGAACAACAAUUCCUGGUAUCUUCCCUGAGCGUGUCGAUGCGACUGGGUGCAACAGAACUGCGGCCUUGGAGAUUGCCGCUAAGGAAGCUGAGGUUGAAAAACUGAGAGAAGCUGGGCAAAAGGCAUAUGAUUCUCAGAAUGCUAAAAAUAGCAAGCCGGGUGUAGAAGGUAGUAGCCAAGGAAAAUCCGUUAAAGGCGGACAGAGUCGCCUGGGAAGCCGCGCUGUGGGGACACCUAAUGACGACGGUACCAACAAAGUCAAGAUCGAACAUAAUGGUGAGGAAAUGUACGCGCCCUCGAAAAAGACGAUUUCUGAUGAGAACGACGUGGAUCAAGCUGCCACCACAGUAGACGAUCGUGACAGCACGUCGGUUAAACCCGAAACUAAGAAGAAGAAGGAUACUUGUGUUCCACAGGGCCUUACAGCAGGAUCAUGGAGUGCGAAUGAACAGUACAGUAUGGGCGGAAGUCAAGACAGCACAUACGAGUACUUCCCUAAACAAUGGCUGCUCCUUGGCGGCUUAGAGCCCAAGUAUAAAACCCUGCACGCCAAAGUGACUGCGGCCGUCAAGAAAUGGCUGCUUUUCCGACCUAUGAUUCCCGGUGAUCGUGAUAUCUUGUUCUCCGCCAAAAUCAACACUCGAGGGAGCCCAGAAGUUGAUGCUACAACUGAGUGGGAGGUCACCCAUCUCACUUGCUUCAUCGGCGGUAUGUUUGGCAUGGGCGGGAAGAUAUUUGAUGUUCCCGAGGAUGUCGAAAUCGGAAAGAGACUUACUGACGGCUGCGUUUGGGCUUAUGAAAAUACACCCAGUGGUAUCAUGCCGGAGGGUGCGACCGUCGUUCCUUGCGCCGAAGUUAACAAUUGCCAUUGGAACGAGACCUUAUACUGGCAGUAUUUGGAUCCUCUGUACGAAACCCGUCUAGAGCAAAUGGCGGACUAUCAAAAACAGCAUAAGGAGUGGAAAUCGAAGAAAGCGCAACAGGCGAAAAUGAAGGGGCAUAAGAAUCUCGGUGCAACGUCUGGGGGAGCGACCUCUGAUAGUCUUGUUGACGAAAAGUUCGGUUCUUCGCAAGGAGUAACCACUCAAAAGACUGGAUCUAAGAGUUCUAGAAUUCAGAAGAGAGCUCCGCCCGCACCACCUCCGUCAAGAGGUGCAUCGACUGAUAGCACCAGAAAGUCAUCCCAAGUGGCCACUUUAGAAGAUGCACUAGACAUCAACGGUGGUAGCGAUUCCGUAGUUGCUUCUAUCGGUGAUAAUGCCGAUCAAGUUCCUCUUACGCAGGAAGAACUCGAUAUCGAAUAUCCGGAACCGGAGCGCCCAAUGUCCCAUGAACAGUAUGUAGAGAGUCGCAUCGAGGCGGAGAACCUCCCGCCUGGUUUCGUCAGUGCGCACUACCACUCUUAUAUCCUCAGACCCGAAGCCAUCGAGUCCGUCUGGUACAUGUACCGCAUCACGGGUGAUACGACAUGGCAGGACAAAGGAUGGAAAAUGUUCAAUGCUAUCGUCAGCCAAACCCGGACCGAAUCGGGCAACAGCGCUAUCGACAAUGUCUUAUUGCCGAAUUCAGACAAGACUGAUGAGAUGGAGAGUUUUUGGCUUGCAGAAACGCUCAAAUACUUCUAUUUGCUCUAUUCGGAUCCAAGUCUCAUAAGUUUGGACGAGUGGGUAUUAAACACAGAAGCGCAUCCUUUCAAGCGACCUAUUUGAAUGAAACCAUUCACGAAGGAACCGGUAGACUAGAAAUAACAGCCAUGGAUUUUUUGUAUAGAUCACCGGAAUAAAAAACAAAGAAACCGGUGAUGGCGUUUGA